AAACUCAAAAAUCAAAAACAGAAAGAAGCAGAGAGAGUGAGAGAGAGAGAGAGAGACGAAGGAGACGAUGACAAGCAAAGACGAGUUUUCUCGAGAUCGAGUUGCGAUUCGCUGCGCCAGAGCUACGAUGCUUCUCUAUUCACUCGCAUCGUCUCGCAAAAUCGAUACCGCCGGCGAGGAGGAGGAGGAAGGAGAGACGCGGAGAGAAGAGAUAGAGGAGCUGAAGAGAAAGCUUAACAUGGAGAAGAAGAAGACGAAUCGGAUUAAGCUUUGCGGUUUGAUGGAGCUGCUUCUUCACGUCCUUGUGGUACUCUUGCUUUCCACUUUCUUCCUCGUCUUCUUCUUCCUCAGAUCUACUUGAUCUCCUCCUUUGGUGUUGGAAUGUUUUAAGGAUUUAAAAGAGCCUGAUGCAAAAUGGUAAUAAUGUAGCUGAGAUCUUAGAGUUAGGGAAAACGUUUUUUAGAAGUCGAGCUUAGAUUGUACUUGGCUGUUCACUCAAAUGUUGUAGGAGUCAAUUCAUCAGCAUAAGAAUUGGAUAACUCAGUCAUUAGGCUUAAAGUUUAAUGAAUCAAUCUUUUUGGUUUAAACACUUAAAACAUUUGGCCUCUGGAGUAAUGACUGUGUGUGUUAAUUAAUGUUAUGUCCGUUUCAUACCUCUUUUGAAUUCUAUAUUUCAGCCUGAUUCUUA